AGAAAGGCGUUUCGCGGCUCGAGCUGUUCCGAUCCGAUCCGGCCGCGAUGUUGGUGGCUGGAGCAGCUGGCCAUGUGGCCACGGGAUUGGCGCAACGCACGGCAGUGUCGCUGGCACCUUCAGAAGUGGAGCUUCUGAAGCCGGCGCCUUUGGGCGGAGCCCAGCACGCCCGAAGCCACGUCCGGGCGCCUGCCAGCACCUGGCGCCGCGCUGCACUGGCGGCAGGAUGCGCGGGGAUCGCCCGCAGCGGCCGCCGGCGGAUCGCCGCGGGGGCCUGCGAGCUGCCCGAGUGGGUGCCAGGUCAGCAGGACGAGCGUAGCUUCAGCAGCGAGGAGGAGUACUUAGCCUCCCUCGAGGCCCAGGCGGAGCUGCCUUUAGGCUUCAAAAUCGCCACCCAGAGCUUGAAGUUCGUACCCGAGGAGGCGCAGGAGAUGGGCGAGCUGCCUAUGCGCCUCACGGUGAUCUCGUUGGAGGAGCCCACGGAUCGUGUGGCUGCGGUCUUCACGAGUAACGCCUUCCCUGGGGCCCCGGUCCGUGUGGGACGAAGGCGGAUGGCGGAAAGCGGCAAACUGCAGGCCGUGGUCAUUAACAACAAGAUCAGCAACGUGUCGCCCCCGGACUCCGACGGGGGCGUAUCAGCCAGCGAGACCCUUUGCGCAGAGCUGGCGAAACAGCUGAGCCUGGAGAGCGCUGAGCUGGUGCUUCCCAGCUCCACCGGGGUCAUCGGCUGGCGCCUGCCGGUGAAGGAGAUGGUGGCGGCUUUGCCUCAAGCCGAAGAUCUGGCCACCGGCAGCGCGGUGCCGGCGGCGAAGGGCAUCAUGACCACGGACCGCUACCCAAAGCUGGCGGCCCGUGAGUUGUCCCAGGGCCGGCUGGUGGGCAUCGCCAAGGGCGCGGGGAUGAUCGAGCCCAACAUGGCCACCAUGCUCUGCUUCUUGCUGACAGACGUGGAUUUGCCCCGCACGGAGCUGCAGACGAUGCUCACCGAGGCAGUGGCAGACACCUUCAAUUGCAUCUCAGUGGACGGGGACGAGUCCACCAGCGACACUGUGGCCUUGCUUUCCAGUGGCCAGGCCGGCCCCGUGCCCAAGGAGGAGUUCCAGGCGGCGCUGCAGGCGGUCUGCGCGGACCUCGCGGCGCAGGUGGUGCGCAACGGCGAGGGCACGGGCCACGUGAUCCGCGUGGCGGUGACGGGGGGCGACACCCCAACAGCCCGGAGCGUGGCGAAGGCGGUGGCGAAUGGCCCGCUCUUCAAGUCCGCUAUUGCGGGUAAUGACCCCAACGUG